GUGGGCAUGACCGUUCUUAGAAUCCUUUCUGGUGGGAACAACGAUAGAUAUUGGAUGACGAGCGGCUAGUUCAGUUUUCCGUUGAAGAGGCGAAGAGCAGUGCAAACGCAGCGAAAGGACUCUUUAGUCUUCCGAUACUACAUCGUAUAGGACGGAAUUUUGAUUCCUUUACGGAAUCCCUUGAUUCUCUUGCGAGCAAUUUGCGUGAUACGAGUAAUGGCGCACUUUGCGAAUAUAAACGCCGAGCUGGAUCAUGACCGGAUGGACGUGGAAUAUAGGAUAUAUGUGAACAAUUUGCCAGUAGAGUUAAAUGAGAACGCCAUUAAAGACAUUUUUGGUCAAUAUGGUGAAAUAACGGGAAUGUUCUAUCUUCGUAAUGGUGCAACAUGGUGUUAUAUCACAUAUGGAUCGUAUCGUGAAGCUGAGCUUGCUAUACGAGAGCUUAAUAAUAAGAAACCAUUAUAUCUGAAAGUGACACUUGCAAAGGAAGAAUCUUCUAUGAAAGAGCAAAAAUCAAAAGGAGUCAAUUUUGAACAACCAAAGGUGAUAAAUGCUGCAGAUUCAUUGCCUAUUCAGGAUGAUAUAAAACAUGAGAAUAUGGGUCAUUCGUCACACAAACGUGUAAUGCCACAAAUAGUAGUACCACAUAGUGUAGACCAUGAAUUACCUUCGUGUUCACAUACAGCUAAUGUUUUUGAUGUUGAUGAAUCUUAUAGCAAUACCAAUCAAUUAUGGACAAGAGGUGUCAUAACUGUCACGCCAGAUGGAAAAAGACAUGUUUCUCUUGGACGUGGGUAUACCUUAUAUUCAUUUCCAGAACCAUGUCCUGAUAUAGGAGAACGUAUUUCCAAAAUAUGUGAACAAAGAAAUAAAGGAUUAUAUGAAUAUUCCGAAGACAAAUUGAAAACUGCAGUACAAAACUGCUCUGUUUGUUCUACGAAAACAACAAAACAUUGCGACAAAUGUCGUACAUACUAUUGUAGCAGAGCUUGUCAAUUGGAAGAUUGGCCACAACAUCAGGCUGAGUGUGACCGUAUUCCGGCAUUAAUAGAUGGUAUCUCCUUGCAAAUUAAUCAAGACGUAAAUAAAAUUAAAAAAACGUUGACUCCCAAUGUUGAAACGGCUAAAUCUAGCGAUGUGAAACUGCGACGGCCCAAUACAUUUAAUGUGUCGCAAGCAGAAUGCUCGAAUAAUACAAGUGCAAAUAUCAACGAGCAUAAGAGUAAUACAAUAGUUACACAUAAUUCUAUCAAUAAUACUCAAGAUAGAAGACAUGUAUCUGGUCAACGUGAUAAUAAUAAUGUAUCUCAAAGUAAAAUAGCAGACCAACUAGUAGCAAAUGAUACAAAUACUAAAGAGUCUCCUCAACAACAUCGAUUUCGCAGAUAUAAUAAUACUAACGGGAGUACUGACCAAUCAAGAAGAAAUAACGGAUGCUCUUCAGCAACUAGCUCCACUGACCAAAGUUAUCAUAAUCGUAAUUAUAAAGAUGAUUCAAAUAAGACUAGUCUCAAAGAAAGACCGGGUAAUAGCAAUGUAAGAGAUAAAACUUUCAAUAAUGAUAGAAACUAUCCUCAAAGAAACGGAUUCCCCAAAGAAAAUAACAAAGGCUCUACUAGCUAUAAUGACAGAGAAAAUACUAAUAGACAAGGAACUGGUACUUCCAACGACACCUCAGUGAAUGACGAUGCGAAUUUUUAUAAUACACACUUGUCAAAAAAUAAAUUUACAACCGUGGAAGUCAUACUAUCGCUAGGUAAUAAUGAAUAUUGGGUAUUUAAAUUAGAAGAUAAAGAUGCACGUACCAAUUUAAUGAUAAAGUUGCAAGAUAUAAAAAAUUCACCAAGUAUGUCGCCGGUUAUUGGUGAAACUUAUGGUGCGGUAUAUGAAAAUCUUUGGUAUCGAGCUAUGGUAACAUCCUUGAAUCCUACUAAGGUCCACUUUAUUGAUUUUGGUAACGAUGAGACACUAAAACAAGAUGCCGAGCUGAAAGAUCUUGGAGAUUUGAGUAAUUUUCCUAUACUUGCUAGAAAAAUUCGUUUGACACCGGGCACAAGUGAUAAGUACAGGAAUCUACAAGAGGAAGAUAAAAUUUCCGUUAAAAUGUUAUCUGUCGAUUCUGAAAACACGAUAAUAGUAGAAAUAAAAGAAGAACAGUCCGCUGCAAAAGAUACAACUUCGCAUGCGACAGAAAGUGCUUCAAAUAAUGCAGCGAAAAAGUUUGUAUCGCAAGAAAAUUCUAAAGCAUUAUCAAGUAAAAGUACGAAUAUUUCCACAGUUCAAGUACCUCCUAGUGUCUUGGAUGCUUUGGCUGAUUUGUUGAAACAAAAUGCAGCUUCCGAAUUACAAAUAAACGGUUUCAUAGAAUUUUGUGAAACUUCGCAAAAGAACGUUUACUACACGUCUUUGAAUCCACAAGUUUAUAAUGAUGAAUGUGUGCAGAUUUAUGAAGUUAUGCAAGAAGAAUGCGAAAACAUUAAAACAUCUGCAGAUUACAAACCAAAAGCAGGAGACUUGGUUUGCGGAAAGAUAAAUGGUACCUGGUACAGAAUAUAUAUUUCACCGAGUCCUGAAACAUCAUCGAAAUUGUCCUUCAUUGCAAUAGAUGAUGCAAGAAAUGUAUUAGUAGAUCAAGUUUUGCCUUGUCCUGAAAAGUUUUUGAAUAUUUAUGCCUUUGGAGUAAUAUGCGAAGUAAAUCGAUCCACCGAAUUAUUGCAAGUGGGACAAGUAUAUGACUUUAGAGCAAUCAUGGAUGAGAAGAGUCACAAACAAGAAAGUCUUAAAAUCGAAAUAAUUGUAACUCCUGAAAAUAACUCCAAUCUUUUAAAACCUGAAAUAAUUCCAGCGGUUGUGAAGUCUUGGAAAUCUUCAUCAAAUAUUUUAAUUCUGUCUGAAUUAAAAAAUGGAUCUAAGGUAUGUCUUACAAGUUAUCGAAAUCAUUACCAUAUGUUUGUACGCUCUCUAGAAGAAGAUGCUAUAGAACAUUAUAACAAGAUUAUGCAAGCUGUCGCACAUUGUGCACAGACAGCACCAUAUUUCACUGAACCUCCAAAUGAGACACAAAUUAUAAUUGCGCCAUACACUGAUGGCAACAGUUAUCGUGCUAUGGUACAUAAAAUAAUGCCGAAUAAUAAAGCUAGGGUAAUAUACGUUGAUUUCGGCAAUAUAUGCGAAAUUGACAUAAAAACUCUUAAAGUCCUACCAUUAGGUUACCUUCCAAAAGAGGAUCACAGCUGUGUGGCAAAAGUAUACUUAAAAGAUGUUCCUCGUGACAUACCCACAAACCAAGACGUUGACAUGUAUCUUCGCAAUUUAACAGGCAACGAAGUACCUCUAGUAUGUACAUUCGAGGGUUCUUCUAAGGAUAAGGAAGUUCGUUUAACCACGCUUGCAGGAGAAUGUGUUAAUGACAAAAUAAAUGAAUUGUUAAUCCCGGGGUGGAAAAGACCAAAUAGUGAUGAUUAUACUUGCUACAUGAUGAAGGAUAUCGAAGUGGCAAGUUUAGGACGCGUGAAUGAUACAGUGCAAGCACUGGUACUGUUUAAAGUACGGGGAGAUCAAUUCACGUUGGCUCCUUUAGAUGUACAAUUGGUAACCCAUGUCUCUGAAGUGAUGCCCGCAAUGUUGAAAGAAUAUUGUGAGACAACGGAAUAUUAUAUACCAAGAACCAAUGAAUUGUGUUUGGCAUUGUUUGAGGAGGCAUGGUAUCGAGCAACGUGCCUCAAUCCUAAGGAAUCGAACACAACAUCUACAAUUCUCUUUAUUGAUUAUGGUAAUAUUGAGUCAGUAAAGCAUCAGAAUAUAAGGUUAAUGCCCAAAGACUUCAUUGAACCUGCAGCAUUGGCGAAUAUGUGUACAAUUGUCAAUUUGGGACCGGUCAAAAAUGGACAAUAUUCGGAAGCAAUACGAAAAAAAUUGGAUGAGUUAACAUCAAAUUCCAUUAUCCAAAUCAAAAUCGUAAAAUGCCACGAGGACGGAGUUUAUGAAGUCGAGUUGCCAGACGUUCGCACCGCGCUUAUAAAACAUGGUCUCAUGUCUUUGUAAAAGUUUUUUAAUUUACUUAGUUUUAUGGAUUAUGUGAUCUUGUUUAGAAAUUAAGAUCUUUUUUUUUUUAGUCUUAAGACAUAAUGACUCAUUUAUGUAUUUUAAAGAUUGACUUUUUUCAUUUUAUAAUUUCAGUCUAUUCUACUAUUAUCAAAUUUUGUUUCUUAAUUAACAAUUUUAUUUUUGUUAAUUAUGCUAUAUUUGCGAAGGCGUUACCUUAUAUUCUUUUUUGCUACGAAUAUUUAGGAAUUAAGAAACUUUUGUAUUUUCUUAAUAAAAGAAAUUAAUUACAGCAUA